AUGGCCACCAAGCGCGCGUACAAGCUCCAGGAGUUUGUUGCUCAUGCUUCGGAUGUCACUUGUGCCAAGUUUGGGAAGCGAACAUCAAGAACUUUCAUCACUGGUGGGGAGGAUCAGAAGGUCAAUCUUUGGGCUGUAGGGAAACCUAGCGCUGUCUUGAGCCUCUCAGGCCACACAAGUCCAGUUGAGUCACUGAGCUUUGAUUCCUCUGAGGUUAUGAUAGGUGCCGGAGCAGCAACCGGAACAAUAAAAAUAUGGGAUAUCGAGGAAGCAAAAGUUGUUCGAACUUUCACUGGGCAUAGAUCAAAUUGCGCCUCUCUUGAUUCCCACCCUUUUGGAGAAUUUUUUGCGUCUGGGUCUUCAGAUACAAACAUGAAAAUAUGGGACAUGCGGAAGAAGAGAUGCAUUCACACAUAUCAGGGUCAUACCGGGAGGAUUGAUGUGCUUAGAUUCACUCCUGAUGGUCGGUGGAUCGUUUCUGGUGGGGCUGAUAGUUCUGUGAAGAUCUGGGAUUUGACAGCUGGAAAGCUCUUGCAUGACUUUAGGCUUCAUGAAGGCCCAAUUAACUGUUUAGAUUUUCACCCCCACGAGUUCUUACUGGCCACAGGUUCAGCUGAUAAAACUGUUAAAUUUUGGGACCUUGAGACUUUUGAGUUGAUUGGAUCUUCUGGACCGGAGGGAAUACUAUAUGCCGGCUAG